AGCAUUUUGGGAGUAGAUACCAGAUUGAUUCUCUUAGAACUUCUUGUUUGCGGUGUCUAUAUUUAUUCUCUGUGUAUUGGGCGGGUGUUACCAUUCGUCCACCAACCACAGGCGGAGAUUCCAAUCAGAACGUUCCUUCUUAAAUCUGUCUCUCUCUCUCUCUCUCUCUCUCUCAAGUUCCCUUUCCUCAGAGGUUGAGAUGGCAGCAGCAUCAGCAGCUACCUUCACAAUUGGAAGCAGCACUUCCCUCGGUCAAAGAGGGAGUUCACUUCCUCAAUCAAAGCCUUUAGGGUUGAAGUUUAACUCCCAGAAUCAUUUGAAGAGCUUCUGUGGCCUCAAGGCCUUGUCAUCUGUGAGAUGUGACUCGGAAUUAUCCUUCUCCGGCAAGGAAACUAGUUCUGCUCUCCGGGCAUCUUUUGCAUCCAAAGCUCAAAAGGAAAACCAGAACCUCCGGUUCUUCCACUUGCAGCCUCAGGCAUCCUUCAAAGUUGCGGUUCUUGGUGCUGCUGGAGGGAUAGGUCAGCCGCUUGCACUUCUUAUCAAGAUGUCCCCAUUAGUUUCUGACCUUCAUCUCUAUGAUAUUGCGAAUGUCAAGGGAGUUGCUGCUGAUCUCAGUCAUUGCAACACACCCUCACAAGUCAGGGAUUUCACAGGAGCUUCUGAGUUAGGGAAUUGUUUGAAAGGGGUGGAUGUUGUUGUUAUACCUGCUGGAGUUCCAAGGAAGCCCGGCAUGACUCGCGAUGACCUUUUUAACAUCAAUGCCGGCAUAGUCCGAGACUUGGUUUCGGCUGUUGCAGAUAAUUGCCCUGGUGCUUUUAUUCACAUUAUCAGUAACCCAGUGAACUCUACAGUGCCUAUUGCUGCUGAAAUUCUGAAACAGAAGGGUGUGUAUGACCCUAAGAAGCUCUUUGGUGUUACUACGCUGGAUGUUGUGAGGGCAAACACGUUUGUUGCUCAGAAGAAGAACCUGAAGCUGAUUGAUGUUGAUGUCCCAGUUGUUGGGGGCCAUGCUGGGAUAACCAUUCUUCCUCUGUUGUCGAAGACAAAACCCUCAGUGAGUUUCACUGAUGAGGAAAUUGAGGAGUUAACUGUCAGGAUUCAAAAUGCUGGAACUGAAGUUGUGGAAGCAAAGGCAGGUGCAGGGUCUGCUACUUUGUCGAUGGCAUAUGCAGCAGCUAGAUUUGUUGAAUCAUCUCUUCGUGCACUUGAUGGAGAUGGGGAUGUGUACGAGUGCACAUUUGUACAAUCAGAUCUGACUGAGCUUCCGUAUUUUGCUUCAAGGGUGAAGCUUGGUAGGAAAGGAGUUGAGGCUUUGAUUCCAUCAGACCUCCAAGGGUUGACUGACUAUGAGCAGAAGGCUUUGGAAGCGCUUAAGCCAGAACUUAAAGCCAGCAUUGACAAGGGGAUUGCUUUUGCUCAGAAGCAAACAGUUGCUGCUUAACUUUCCUUUGACAAAGCAUUUUAGUAGCAAGUGUCCUUAUAAGAGAAUGUCUACGGGGGAUCUCUUGGGUUUGGAUUUAUUUGAGCAUAAAUACUACUUAGAGAACUUAGGUUGCGGAUUUGUUGUAGCAUCAUUACUGCUUCCAAAACUUAGCAUUCAAAUUCUCCGUAGUAUCAAUUCUACUUCAAGUUUUGUUAGAACAGGAGGGAGCUUCCAUUUCUGUUCUAUAUAUUGAGCUUGAGUUUUGGUCAGAAAUCCUAAAACAUGUCACUAUUAUCAUGUUGAAUUGGAAAACGUAAACGUUGCUUUUGAAUAAUAUGACCAU